AAUCCUUCUUUCCUUUUAAUUAUUUUCUCUCUGCUAUUUUUGUUGAUCUUUGAUCUCACCGUUGCCGGGUCUUGUCCUAGCAAAUGUGGAGGAAUCGACAUCCCGUACCCAUUUGGAAUCGGGAAGGGCUGCUAUCUCAAUAAAUGGUAUGAAAUUAAAUGUGAUCACAAUAACUCUUUUUCAGUUUCAGGGAAGCCUGUCCCUGUUCUUUCAAUACCCGGCAAGGAAGUUGUUAAUAUCUCUCUUCCAAGUCAUGUCCACUCAGAUUAUCCUAUUCGCAUGACAUACGGGGCAGUUCGCAUAAAAUACCAAAUAACUUCAAGGGGAUGCUCCAGCAACGAACAAGAGCCUACAUCACUUUUGGAUUUGAUGGGGAGCCCUUUUUACGUUUCUGACAGUAAUACAAUGAUAGCCAUUGGUUGCAACAACAGGGCAUCGCUGACAAAUAUGGAGCCAAGCAUCGUGGGAUGCUUCUCCAGUUGCCUCUCAACAAACCAUAUUGCUUCGAAUGAUUAUCUAGACACAGUCAAUUGUUAUCGUAAGAGUGACUCCGAUGACGCCUACGAGUACUGUAGUGAAAGAAGAUAUAUAAAUGAAACAAGCUGCAACGGUAAUCGAUGCUGCAAGGCAAGCAUGCCCAGUAGUGAUCAACAAGUUGUUGGUGUCAGAAUAGAUGAUAACUCCGCCGCAACAAGAGGGUGUAAAAUUGCCUUCUUAACAGAUGAGGCCUACUCUUUAUUAGACGGAACUGAUCCAAAACUGCUUCUUGCUAAACGAUAUUCUACAGUUGAGCUACAGUGGUUCAUUGACACAACGAAUCUUUCGUUUGUAGACUCUCUAAGAUGCAUAACUAUGAAAGAGUACCAACCUAUAAGUCGACAAUACUCACAUGGAAUGAAUAACUAUGCAAGUUGUGCAUGCGACUUUAAUUCUUCUGUUCCUAACUACGCAAGCUGCAGCUGCAAUAUUGGUUACAGGGGCAACCCAUACAUUCUGGGUGGAUGCAAAGAUAUUAGUAGUGAAUGCCCUAAUUGCGUGUAUAGAUAUCACGUGCAGCUUGUAAUAGGUAAGCCGUCUUUCCAUCCCAAAUACACUUGGAUUGGUUCAAGUUUCGGCUCAUUGAUUUUCAUUUGUGGAAUAUACGGAUUAUACAGACUUAUUAGAAAACAAAGGAGGUUAAACCAAAAGAAGAAGUUCUUCAAGCGUAAUGGAGGCUUAUUGUUGCAACAACAAUUAACUUCAACCGAAGGCAACGUUGAAAAGACAAGAGUGUUCAGCUCGAGAGAGUUAGAAAAGGCCACUGAGAACUUUAGUUCAACUAGAAUACUUGGCCAGGGUGGUCAAGGUACCGUGUACAAGGGAAUGCUUGUUGAUGGUAGAAUUGUAGCAGUGAAAAAGUCUAAAGUUGUGGAUGAAGACAAGUUGGAAGAGUUCAUCAAUGAGGUUGUCAUUCUCUCACAGAUCAACCACAGGAACAUCGUCAAACUUUUAGGGUGUUGCCUGGAGACAGAUGUCCCUGUUCUAGUCUACGAGUUUAUUCCCAAUGGAAACCUUUUCGAGCAUCUUCAUGAAGAUGAGUCAGAUGAUCACACGAUGGCCACUUGGGAAGUGCGUCUCCGCAUUGCUAUAGAUAUUGCAGGAGCUCUUUCGUAUUUGCAUUCGGCUGCAUCAUCUCCAAUAUAUCAUAGGGACGUCAAGUCUACUAACAUAAUGUUGGAUGAGAAAUAUCGAGCCAAAGUGUCUGAUUUUGGCACUUCAAGAACAGUAACGGUGGAUCAUACACAUCUUACAACAGUCGUUUCAGGUACGGUGGGAUAUGUGGAUCCUGAGUAUUUCCAGUCUAGCCAGUUCACGGACAAGAGUGAUGUUUACAGCUUUGGGGUGGUGCUUGCGGAGCUUAUCACCGGAGAAAAAUCAGUAUCCUUCUUGCGGUCUCAAGAAAAUAGGACAUUGGCAACUUAUUUCAUUCUUUCGAUGAAAGAGAAUAGGCUGUUUGACAUUAUCGAUGCACGGAUCAGAGAUGGUUGCAAGCUGAAUCAAGUGACUGCAACGGCAAACCUUGCAAGGAAGUGUUUGAAUCUGAAAGGAAGGAAACGGCCAAGUAUGAGAGAAGUGUCCAUGGAAUUGGAGAAAAUUCGUGCUUCUUCUUCGGUGGAUAUGCAACUACAUGAGUAUGGUAGUGAAAACGAGGAAGAGAAUGAAGAACAAAUUGUGGAUGCUAACAUAGAGUUACAAUCAUGGAACAACAUUGCUGUUACUGCCCCAACUUCUCAAUACGACGUCGGUACAUCGACUUUGCCAAUGUCAGAUGUUGAGCCUCUGUUUCCUUUUCAAACACGGUAAUAAUUUCAACUUUGCAUACCACGGCAUUAUCUAGUGCCUUUAGCUUUUCCGUCCGAUUUUGG